UCAAACGGACUGAGAUGCCUGUCAGGUGCGGAAAUCGAGAUUAUGCUCUAUUGCCAGGCAAUGUGCCUAAUCCUGCUCAACAUUGCUUGCGUUUCCCGCGGCCAUCUGGACAUGUCAGGCGAAAAGGAUUUAGUUUGGUUGUACGAGACUGGCGGAGGCGGAGGAGGAUCCCCCGAUGCUUCCGGAUGCGAUGCAGCUGCGGAAGCCCAAAGAUCCUGUGGCCUCAACCAGAAGGGUGCCAAGAUCAAGGCCUCCAGCAUCGCGGUGAAGGCCGCCCAGGAUGCAAAGGCGGCGAACGAUGCCCAGGUGGCCGCCGGCGAGGCUGCCUCGCUGCAAGUGAAAGUGGAACUGGCCGACAAGGCGGUCCAAGCGGCUCGGGCGGCCGAGGCUGCUCUGGCGGGAAAGCAGCAGAUCAUGGAACAGCUGGAACUGGAGCAAAAGGAGGCGGAGGCGGUGGUGGGCGAGGUGGAGAACUCACUGCAGAGCACCCAGUUAAAUGCCGAGUCCGCCGUAAGAGCCCUCUCCGAUGCCAAGAACCAGUUGAAUCAACUGCGAGUCCUGGUUAACGAGGCCACCGCUCAGAUGAGCAACAUCGAAGGAUUUGCCCAUGGCGCCAGCAUGGAGCUGGAGGAGAAGUCGCAGCUUUUGGAGGCGGCCAAGCGGCGGGUGGAGGGCAUCUCCAGGCAAGUGAUCUCCGCCAGGCAGGAUUACGAAAAGACCAAGAAGGCGGCCUACAAAGCAGCCUGUGCUGCAGUGGAGGCCAAGCAAAAGGCUCAACGGCAGCAGCGGGAGAUCAACUCGGCGUCCUCUUCGAGCUAGAAAAGAUUAUUAUAAGGAGGGUGAUCUAGUGGAAUAAAAACCAUAUCUUAUG